AUGAGUGAUGCAAUAGAUUAUUGCCCAUAUUCAAUACUAGGUUUAACAAAAAAUUGUUCAGAAAAUGACGUGAAGAAAGCUUAUAAGAAGGCUGCUUUAAAAUGGCAUCCAGAUAAAAAUCCUGAAAAAAAGAAUGAAGCUCAAAAGAUGUUUCUUAAAAUACAAGAGGCCUCAACAUUACUUUUAAAUUUUGAUACAAAAACGGCUUACGAUAACAUGGUUUUUGCAAGAGAAGCUAAAAUUAUAAAUAUUAAUAAACGAAAAAAUGAAGAAAGCGAGAUAAGAAAGAAAUUCAGAGAAGAUUUGGAAGCUAGAGAAUAUGAUUUUAAUAAAACAAAUGAGGACAAAAAAAAAGAAGCUGAAGAAAAAUUGAAAGAAGAAUUAAACAAAUUAAAAUCUACAAGCUGGAAAAUAAAAAAUGAAUUGGAUGAAAUGAUAAAACAAGAACUUGAGAGAGAGAAAGAAUAUAUACGAAAAAUAGAAUUUAAAUAUAAACCUCAAUUAAAAGUAAAAUGGAAAUACAAUAGUUUCAAUUACACUGAGGACAUACUUCAUGAUAUAUUUGGUAGACAUGGUAAUAUUCUUGGAAUUGUUUGUAGUGAAAAUAAUACAGCAAUUAUUGAAUUUUCAAAUUUAAAAGAAGCAAUUAUUGCUGAAGAUGAAACGGGAAUUGCAAUGAAUCCAUUAAAGGUAUCAUGGGUUAAUUUAAGGCCUGAACAUUUAGAUUAUGUUAAAAAAAUUUCUAAUUCCAAAGAGGAGUCAUCAGAUUUUAAAGAAUUUAAUAGUGUUGAAGAAGUAUCAAAAGAAAAUUUCUUAAAACUUGAACAUGAGAUAAUGGUCGAUCUUCUUGGAGUAGGUUGGAAACAAGAAUAUAAUGUAGUUGAUGAAUAA